AUGGGUUCCCUCAACCCUAUUGCUACCGCCCAUUCAUUCAAUGAUGAAAAAAAGUCGAUCUACCUGGAACUUCAAGAUGGCCAGGUUUUCGAGGGUCUCAGCUUCGGUGCUGAGAAAAGCAUCUCCGGAGAGCUAGUCUUUCAGACUGGAAUGGUCGGAUACCCGGAGUCAAUUACGGACCCGUCGUAUCGAGGUCAGAUCUUAGUCAUCACAUUCCCCCUUGUCGGCAACUACGGCGUUCCAUCGAGAGAGACACUCGAUGAGCUACUUGGCAACCUUCCUAAACAUUUUGAAUCGGAUCAAAUCCAUGUGGCUGGGCUCGUGGUUGCUUCUUAUGCAGGAGAAAGCUAUUCGCACUUUCUGGCGACAUCCUCCUUGGGAACAUGGCUGAAGGAGCAAGGGGUGCCAGCUAUGUAUGGUGUCGAUACACGAGCCUUGACCAAAAUUAUCAGAGAGGAAGGUAGUAUGCUGGGCAGGAUGUUGCAUGCAAGUCGAGCUCCUCAGACAAAACUCACCAAUGGAGUCAAAUCGAGCUCUGUAUCAAGUGGAGAUGUUGUGGUAGGGCCCAUCAAUUGGCGUGCUCAGGUUGAUCAAGUGGAGUGGCAUGAUCAAAACGAGCGCAAUUUGGUGGCAGAGGUCUCGGUAAAGGAACCUCGACUCAUCUCCCCCCCAAAGAACAAAGCUUUACUUCACCCUUCCGGUCGACCAGUACGAGUCGUUGUAGUUGAUGUGGGCCUCAAGUACAAUCAAUUGCGAUGCCUCCUGUCGCGAGGUGUGGAAGUUAUGGUUGUCCCUUGGGACUACAAUUUCCCCGAACUGGCCGGAAAGGACUGUGAUGGAUUGUUCGUCUCCAACGGCCCCGGUGAUCCUGCAAUGCUGGCACCAACUAUCAAACACAUUGCUGAGGCAAUGAAGGAGGGUCGGACGCCAAUCUUCGGAAUUUGUCUUGGUCAUCAGCUACUCGCUCGUGCGGCAGGAGCCAGCACCCUAAAGAUGAAAUUUGGCAACCGUGGGCACAACAUUCCGUGCACAAAUCUCCUCUCAGGCCGGUGCUAUAUUACCUCUCAGAACCAUGGCUUUGCUGUCGACUCGAUGACAUUGCCUGACGGAUGGCAAGAGCUUUUUGUCAAUGCAAACGACGGCAGCAAUGAGGGUAUUCGCCACAUUGGCCGACCGUAUUUCAGUGUGCAGUUUCAUCCAGAAUCUACGCCAGGUCCACGAGAUACCGAGAUCCUGUUCGAUGUCUUUAUUGAGGCAAUCACCAAGAGCAUCGCAUCAGUCGAGGCCCUCCUUGAGCCUGUCUCCUUUCCGGGUGGCACAAUUGAGGAGAAUGAUCAAGCCCAUCCGCGUGUCAAGGUCAAGAAAGUCCUCGUUCUUGGAAGUGGUGGCCUCAGUAUUGGUCAAGCUGGCGAAUUCGAUUAUUCUGGAAGUCAAGCGAUCAAAGCCUUGAAACAAGAAGGCAUCUAUACUGUCUUGAUUAACCCGAACAUCGCUACAAUCCAGACCUCCAAAGGCCUGGCCGACAAAGUGUAUUUUCUCCCCGUCAGUGCCGACUUCGUACGGAAAGUCAUCCAGCACGAACGCCCAGAUGGAAUUUACUGCACCUUUGGUGGACAGACUGCCCUACAAGUUGGUAUCCAGCUUAAAGAUGAAUUCGAAGCUCUCGGUGUCCAGGUACUGGGUACGCCAAUCGAUACGAUCAUUACCACCGAGGAUCGUGAAUUAUUCGCCAGAAGUAUGGAGUCUAUUGGAGAGAAAUGUGCUAAAUCUGCCUCAGCUUCAAAUAUCGAGGAGGCGAUGCGUGCAGUGGAAGACAUUGGCUUUCCAGUCAUCGUUCGAGCAGCCUAUGCUUUGGGUGGUCUUGGAAGCGGGUUUGCAGAGAACCCAAAUCAACUGCGCGAGCUAUGCACGAAGGCUUUCGCAGCCAGUCCACAAGUGCUUAUUGAACGAAGCAUGAAGGGAUGGAAAGAGAUCGAGUAUGAAGUCGUCAGAGAUUCUCGCGAUAAUUGCAUCACAGUUUGUAACAUGGAAAACUUUGACCCUCUUGGGAUCCAUACUGGUGACUCUAUCGUCGUUGCCCCUUCGCAAACACUAUCAGACGAGGACUACAACAUGUUGCGAACAACAGCUGUCAAUGUAAUCCGCCACCUCGGUGUUGUGGGAGAAUGCAACAUCCAAUACGCUCUGAAUCCGUUUUCCAGGGAAUACUGCAUCAUUGAAGUCAAUGCCAGACUUUCACGUUCAUCUGCCCUGGCUUCAAAAGCAACCGGAUAUCCUUUGGCUUUCAUUGCCGCAAAGCUUGGCUUAGGUAUCCCCUUGAACGAGAUUUCGAACUCAGUGACCAAAAAGACUUGUGCUUGCUUUGAACCGUCUCUCGAUUAUGUGGUUGUCAAGAUCCCUCGAUGGGAUCUCAAGAAGUUCACAAGAGUCUCCACUCAGCUGGGUUCUUCGAUGAAAAGUGUGGGCGAAGUUAUGUCUAUUGGCAGGACCUUCGAGGAAGCCAUCCAAAAAGCCAUUCGCUCGGUGGAUUUCCACAACCUCGGGUUCUCUGAUAUCUCUAACCCAUUGAUGUCAGUUGAUGAUGAACUCCAGACCCCUUCGGACCAGAGGAUGUUUGCGAUCGCAAAUGCUAUGAAUUCCGGCUACUCUGUUGAUAAGAUUUGGGAAAUGACCAAAAUCGACAAGUGGUUUUUGUCCCGCCUCAAAGGCUUAAGUGAUUUUGCCAAACUGAUAUCCAACUUCAAUGCGACAAGUGCACCUCCAUCCCUGAUCCGCGAAGCCAAACAACUCGGGUUUUCUGACCGCCAGCUAGCACGGUAUCUUAAUUCUAAUGAGCUUGCUGUGAGACGGCUACGUGCAGAAGCGGGUAUCCACCCAGUUGUGAAGCAAAUUGAUACGGUGGCCGCCGAAUUCCCAGCAUACACGAACUACCUCUAUCUGACUUAUAACGGCACGGAGAACGACAUCGAUUUCAAUGACCAGGGCGUCAUGGUCCUUGGCUCCGGUGUCUACCGAAUCGGCUCCUCCGUCGAGUUCGAUUGGUGCUCUGUGAGAGCCAUCCGCACAUUGCGAGACCAAGGCUACAAAACUGUCAUGGUAAAUUACAACCCAGAGACUGUGUCGACUGAUUAUGAUGAAGCAGAUAGAUUGUAUUUCGAAAAUAUCAAUCUCGAGACCGUUCUGGAUAUCUACCAGCUCGAGUCUGCUAGCGGCGUUAUCAUCUCGAUGGGUGGGCAAACACCGAACAAUAUCGCGCUUCCCCUCCAAAGAUCAAACGUCAAGAUACUUGGAACCUCUCCAGAAAUGAUUGAUUCUGCCGAAAAUAGGUGGAAAUUCUCUCGCAUGCUUGAUCAAAUUGGCGUCGAUCAGCCCUCAUGGAAAGAACUAACUAGUAUCGAGGAGGCACUUGAAUUCUGUAAGAAAGUCGGCUAUCCCGUGCUAGUUCGGCCUUCAUAUGUCUUGUCUGGGGCUGCGAUGAAUACUGUGUACUCGAAGGAUGACUUGGCCAGCUACCUCAAUCAAGCUGUCGAAGUCUCGCGAGAACAUCCAGUGGUGAUCACGAAAUAUAUUGAGAACGCGAAGGAGAUCGAGAUGGACGCCGUGGCAAAGAGUGGUGUGAUGGUGGGGCAUUUCAUCUCCGAGCACGUGGAGAAUGCAGGUGUGCAUUCUGGAGAUGCCACAUUGAUCUGUCCUCCACAGGAUCUUGAGCCAGAGACAAUUGCCAGGAUUGAGGAAGCGACGCGGAAGAUCGGAAACGCCCUCAACGUUACAGGUCCAUACAACAUCCAGUUCAUUGCGAAGGACAAUGAGAUCAAGGUCAUCGAAUGUAAUGUUCGUGCAUCUAGAUCCUUCCCUUUCGUCUCCAAAGUCAUGGGAUUGGAUCUUAUUGAGUUGGCGACCAAAGUGAUUAUGGACAAACCCAUUGUGCCAUAUCCUCCAAUCGACAUCCCUGCUGACUAUGUCGGUGUCAAAGCUCCACAAUUCUCGUUCUCGCGUCUUUCUGGCGCCGAUCCAGUGCUUGGAGUUGAAAUGGCAUCCACUGGAGAAGUAGCUUGUUUCGGUCGUGACCGGUACGAAGCCUAUAUCAAAGCGACAAUUUCCACGGGCUUUAAACUCCCUGAGAAGAAUAUUCUGCUAUCUAUUGGCUCCUUUAAAGAUAAGAUGGAGAUCCUGUCCUCAGUCCGCAAACUCCACCAACUGGGAUAUAACCUCUUUGCAACCGCUGGCACAGCCGACUUCCUCGAGGAGCAUGGGAUCAAAGUCAAAUUCCUAGAAGUUCUCGGAUCAGAUGAUAAGGAUCAAAAGCAGGAGUAUUCUUUGACGCAGCAUCUGGCCAAUAACAAGAUUGAUUUAUACAUCAAUUUGCCAUCAAGCAACAGAUUCAGGCGCCCAGCCAAUUACAUGAGCAAGGGCUACCGAACAAGACGUAUGGCUGUUGAUUACCAGACCCCUCUCAUCACCAAUGUGAAAAUUGCAAAGAUCCUGAUUGAAGCUCUCGCCCGACAUUACGAUCUGAAGGUCCGAAACAUCGACUUUCAAACUAGCCAUCGUACGAUUGUCCUACCUGGCCUCAUCAACAUUGCGGCUUUCGUACCAGGUGUUGCUGAAAGAAAUUCUCACGACUUCUCGCUUGUCAGCAAAGCUUCAGUUGCUGCAGGCUUCAGUAUGAUCAGAAUCAUGCCAGUGGGUUUUAAUAGUGCCGUGAUUGAUGCCAGGUCCCUGAAGGUGGCACAGUCCAACGCCGAGUAUGGCGCAUACAGUGACUUCAACUUUUCAGUCGCUGCUACUGACUCGAACUCUGAGCAAAUUGUUCAUGUCAAAGCAGAAGUAGGAUCUCUAUUCAUCCCCUUCAACCAUUUGUCGUCAGGCAAUAUCAAUAAGGUUGCAACAGUGAGCUCACAUUUCGGAACUUGGCCAACGUACAAACCCAUUGUGACUGAUGCAAAAACGACGGAUUUGGCAUCGAUUCUGCUCUUGGCAAGCUUGCACGACCGAAAAGUCCACGUUAUGAACGUCACGUCUAAGGAUGACAUCAGUCUUAUAGCCCUAUCCAAAGAGAAGGGGCUGAAAGUGACGUGCGACGUGUCAGUCUAUAGUCUGUUCCUGUCGCAAGUCGAUUAUCCUGACUGCACAGCACUGCCUUCGAUUAAGGACCAGAAGGCGCUGUGGGACCAUCUGGCGACUAUCGAUGUCUUCUCUAUCGGUAGCUUACCUUAUCAAAUCGCUGGCGACAAGGCAGUUCCGACUGUUGGCAUCCUGGAUGCUUUGCCGUUGCUGCUCACAGCUGUUUCGGAAGGCAAGAUGACUCUAGAUGAUGUGACAAAGCGGUUGCACGACAAUCCAAAGGCAAUCUUUGAGCUCCACGACCAGACUACAACAUCUGUCGAAGUAGAUAUUGAUCGACCGUACGUCCUCCAAGCUGGUGACGUCUGGUCACCAUUUGUUGGAAGAACAUUGCGUGGGGGAGUCUCUAGGGUCGUGUUCCAGGGCAAGACUGUCUGUCUCGACGGGGAGAUUCUCAUCGACGGGCCGAAUGGAGCGGAUAUGUCCUCUCACCUCAUCCAUCCAAUUUCAGGGGAUGCUGUAACAUCUUCUCCAACUAUCCGUGCUCAAGAAAGCGCAGUUGACAGACGGGCAUCACUGCUUGAUACUAGCAUAUCAAGACGCCUCUCAGUCACAUCUCGAAGCCGACCAAUCACGCGUGCCCGAAAUAUGGACGAAAUGCUCGAAUCGAGCAGCCCCAUGCUCCCCACUUCUGCAUUCCAGCAACUGCAAGCACCAUCCACUAUUUCGCCUUCACUGCAUUCAUUGUUGGCUUCUUCUCCAUUUAAGAAUCGCCAUGUCUUGUCUGUCAACCAGUAUACUCGACAAGAUUUGCACAUUCUGUUUACUGUUGCCCAGGAGAUGCGACUUGGUGUACAACGACAGGGAAUUUUGCCUAUUCUCUCCUCACGAGUGUUGUGUACCAUGUUCUAUGAGCCAAGCACUCGGACUUCCGCAUCAUUUGACGCAGCGAUGCAACGACUUGGUGGCCGCACGAUCGCCAUCAACACGGAUCACUCGAGCACACAAAAGGGUGAGACGUUACAGGACAGUAUCCGCACUCUCGCAUGCUAUGGUGACGCUGUAAUCCUUCGUCAUCCAGAUAACGAGUCAGCGGCAACAGCAGCUAAAUUUUCACCAGUUCCCAUUAUCAAUGGUGGAAAUGGAAGUAGAGAGCACCCCACACAAGCAUUCUUGGACCUUUUCACCAUCAGAGAGGAACUCGGAACGGUCAAUGGUCUUACUGUCACAUUCACAGGUGACCUCAAGUAUGGCAGAACAGUGCAUUCGCUCGUCAAACUACUCCAAUACUACGAAGUGCGCGUCAAUCUGGUGUCGCCGAAGGCUCUGGCAUUGCCAGCCGAGGUUCGAGGACAGCUGGUUGCCUCUGGAAUGCUAGGAACGGAGUCGGAACACCUCACACCAGAGAUCGUCUCUAGGAGCGAUGUUCUCUACUGUACUCGAGUCCAGAAGGAGCGUUUCGAAAAUCUUGAAGAGUACGAGCGACUCAAAGAUAGUCUUCUUGUGGACAACAAUGUGCUCAAACAUGCGAAGUCAAGCAUGAUCGUGAUGCACCCACUUCCCCGAAAUCAAGAAAUUAGCGAGGAAGUUGACUUUGACCAAAGAGCAGCAUACUUCAGACAGAUGCGUUACGGUCUUUACACGAGAAUGGCUCUGUUGGCAUUGGUUUUGUCACCCUAG